CGCGGUACAUGCUACUAGUACUGGUACGCCAGCCACAAUACACGCACGCCCCGGCGUCAUCCCGUCAUCCCAUUACACGCCUCAUUGUUUAGGUAUUGUGUGGACACUCACGCAGAUCUCCUCGAAAUAAAUGACCUGCAACAUUGUCCCACCUAGGGUAGUUAGCAAGCUCGUUAGCAGCAAGCCCCAUCUCAGGCCCUGGUCUGCACCACGAUGCUGCUCGGCCAAGGCGUUGGUGCCGAUGCCAAAUGCCUUGAUACGCUACCUACACUACCGUCUUCUGUCAUCGUCGAGGCCUUGCUUUGCUUGCCUUGCUUGCUGUCCAAUGCUCAUACUGUCGGUCCACCCCUUCCAUAAUUUCCCAUGCUCCCUCGGGACCCUUGUUUCCCGCGCUCUGUGCCUGGUGCUACGUGACUGGUACCGAAGUCACCCACCUACCGGUGCCCGCCUGUGUCUACUUCUACUCUACUAUGUAGGUGGUAGUAUCAGUACUGCUGUUGCUAAGUACACUUGCUCCAUGCUCCAUGCUCCGUGCUGUCAGUCAAGUCAGGCAACUCGCCGUAAGCUUCAGCUCCAGCUCCGGCUCCAGCUCCAGCUCGUAGGUAGGUCAUCUAGGUAAGAGAGAGGGUUCGUGCGAGCAUAGAGAGCAUUCUUCAAGGCUUUCCCUUCUCCACAGCUGAGACUAGCUCGCCGUUUCUCUAACCCUGCUUCUUAGAACGUGCCUGAUAAUGCCAAUCGUCAGGCCCAGGUAGAAGGUACUUAUGAAGCGUGUGCUAAUAUCCCCCAAUCGUGAAAAUCUUCCGUAUGCUACCCGCCCUGUUUCUUAUUAUAUCUCCAGGUGCCCUGCCUUACUUAGACCAGGUGCCGUCCGCGUUUGCUGCUCCUCAUGGUUACAGUACGAAAAGCAGCAAGUGCUAAGUCGAGUUUUCUUAUAAUACCUUGCCCUUCGAA